GUAAUUGAGUCGUCAGAGUCAGCAUAUUCGUCACCAGUAGUCUUGGUGGAGAAACUCGAUGGGUCGUUUCGGUUAUGUAAUGAUUGCAGAAGGUUGAAUUCUGUUACCGCUGAACCGAUGCCAGAGAUCUAAGCAAUAAUGGCUAAUCUCAGGGGCUCAAAAUAUUUUUUAAAAUUAUACCUUACAAAAGGUUAUUGGCAGUUCCCCAUUGAUAAACCAUCGAAACCACUGACAGUCUUCAGUGCGCCAAAAGGUAUGCUACAAUACAAGGUGUUACCAUUUGGUGUAAAGAGUUCUCCUGCUGCAUGCAAUCACCUUGUCAAGGGGAUACUGACAAAUGUUGGACCGGGCGGAGAGCCCUUUGUGGAUGAUUUUUUAUUCACAUUGCCACAUGGAAAGAUUUCUUGGAGAUAUGUAAGAGGCUGCUCAAGCGGGUGAGCGAGGCAAACCUCAAAAUCAAACCAAAAAAACGAUGUUCGUUAUGGAGGAAGUGGAGUUUUUGGAACACGCGGUGCAGGCAGGAGUUAUCAGGCCUCAAAAUGAGAAAUUUAGGCAAUAAAAAAUGUGACCAGCCAACGAACAAAAAUAAAGUUAGAAGCUUUCUUGGCUUAGCGUGAUAUUAUUGGAAAUUUGUGCCCAAUUUCUCAGCCAUAACCACAGCUCUGUCCGAUCUGACAAAGAAGUCACAU